UACAUCCCUGAGCGGGAAAAACAAAAAAUGGCGCCGGCCUCAAAAUAACAGAAUUGGAGACAGUGGCGGACGUUUGGACAGCUAGACCCGGGAUACUCGGACUCUGGGAGAGUAGGACGUAGCUGGACACGGGCCCUCGGUGGGGGUUCAGUGCUAAGUUAAUGAUGGAAGACGUUGAGACACGAUUCACACAUCUUCUUCAGCCCAUUAGAGAGUUGACGAAGAACUGGGAGAUUGAUGUGGCAGCUCAGUUGGGGGAGUAUCUGGAAGAGUUGGACCAGAUCUGCAUUUCCUUCGAUGAUGGGAAGACGACAAUGAAUUUUGCUGAAGCUGCUCUUUUGAUCCAAGGCUCAGCAUGUAUUUACAGCAGGAAGGUGGAAUAUCUGCAUUCUUUGGUGUACCAGGCUCUGGACUUGAUCUCCAACAAAAAGCGGAAUCAAAAGGUUACAUCUAUUGGGGAAGAUGGUACAGAUAGUGACGUAUCUUUGGCUAAUGACAAGACUGAUUGGGAAUUUUUGUCUCUUGAUGAUAUUGAGUGUCCAUCAAAAACCAACAUUGAUUUGCAGAAGGAUCACAGUUCAAAUGCUGUAAACAUUAUCCCACUAACGCCAAUGGCACUAGUACCAUUAGAAGAAAUUGAGAAAAAGAACAACCCGCUCUUCAGCCGGAGAGGAGAGAUCCUGGGCAGCCGCAAGGAUUUUCGAAUGAAUACUUGUACCCCUCACGCCACAGGCGCCUUCAUGUUGGAACUUGCCAAUGUGUCACCAAUGAGCUAUCUGAACAGGCAACAGCAGGACAAUGCAGAGCACAAUAGAAACGGUCUACAGAAUGUUCCGGAGGACGUGGGGAUGGAUAGCAGUGACUGUCAGGCUCCAAUUCCAGUAUUGAACUUUUUGGAUGAAGGGGGUCCCACAGGAAGUGAUGGUGGUGAUGCUGAUGGCGAUUUUCUUCCACCUUUAGCUGAGGAUGAAGCAGUUCAGGAGCAUAUUACAAACCAAAAGGCUGUGGGUGAAGAGCGAGGUUACAUGCUGCGUCAGAGGGGUCCAACAGAGCCUGACACCAUGCACACCAAGGAAGUGCUCGACCCCUGGAGGAGCCUGGACCCUUUUGAAGCCACUCAAGACAAGCCAUUUAAGAAAGGGAAACACUUUGUCAUCCCAUCGUGUGUCGAAGUCAUAGGAAGCAAGCGGAAAUGGAAAACCUGUAUGAAAUUGAAGGAGUUUGGGAAGUGGUUCUCUGUGACAUAUUACGGUGGACAGAGUGAUGUGAAGAGUAGGAGAAGGGGUCCAACAUUUGCAGAUGAUUAUGACAUUAAUUUGGAUCAAGAAGUUGAUGCACCUCAGGACAACCACAACCCCCUGAAUCUUGAGCCUCCUGGAGAGGGAGGAUGCGUGAGCUAUGAAGAGCUUGUUAGAAGGAAUGUGGAGCUGUUUAUCGCUAACUCCCAGCAGUACGCCCAGGAGACAGCUCUCUCCCUUCGUGUGAGAGACUGGGAGGAGAAGAUUGGUCCAAGGCUGGAGGAACAGGAUGAGCGAGCUGCCUUCGACAUCCAUGAUUAUGGGGUUAGAAUCAUGGAUGCAUUUGAGUCCGUCAGACAGAGACGUUCAUUUGCGAGCAUCGUGGCUGGGAAGGAGGCAUUUGAAGUGUGUAGAUACAUGUUGGCCACACUACAGCUGGCCAAUGACUACACGGUGGACAUAUGGCAGAAAGACGGGCUGUAUGAAUCAGUCGACACGAUGCAACUCACCCUGUUGAGCAAACUAAGAGCUCAUGAUCGGUUCCGGACAUACAUGGCUCCGUCCAUCUCCAAUAAAUGAAAAGAUCCAUAAAUUUCACUCAACUUUCACAGUCCUGGAACUGCAAGCUCAACCUCACAUCCAUAACCCAUGGCCAUACUCGGAGAGAGCUGUGCCCAUAUCUCGUUGCUUGUGCGACAGCAAGAGGCACUGAUGAGUAAUGUGUUUUGGUGGAAACCACCUGCCCCACCCUGGUUCGGCCUUUCUCUCCCCCAACCCCUCCCCAAAACAAAUCUUGGAUUGUGAUUAUUCUCUAUUUAUGUUUAUAUGUUCUGUGCAGCACUUCUAAACUGUCUUUAUUACAUAAUGUGCCUCAUGACACAGCAUGGAGUACAAUUCACUGGGCUGCACCCUGUACAGUUUUGUCAUACAAACUCAAUCUUCUGAGGAAAAAGUGUUCCCAGUCAGUCAAGCUGUUAUCUUCUCUGCUUGCUGAGAGGUUUACCAGAUCUAAGAAGUAGGAAAUCUCUUCAAAUAAGUGCCAUAUCUGACCUGGUGACAGGUGUAACUUUGAGGCUUGUCCUUUUGUAAUAGUUUUUUGGGGUGGGGUUCUUAUGAAAUAUUUCCCUAACUCCAGCCCAUCUGUGUCGAGAAGUCUUCAAUUUCAUGUUUAGAAAAAACGAAUUUCAGUUUUCUUUCAGAACCACCUCCUCCUUGGCUCCACUGUCCUCAGUGGGAAGGUGCGGAGCCAGAAAUGUGCCAUGAAUUGGGGUUCACUUGAAUGGCUGUGAAUUGUGCUCCAUGUUCAGGAAUAAUAGCGCGUGCCAUCAGAAAAUCACACGUUUGUAUAAAGUGCAAGAUUUUUAAAAAUGUACAAACCUAAAUUUUGUAUAAGUACUGCAGUAAACUUCGAACUCAGUUGC